UCGACUCAAUGAAAAUAAUCAGUAGGCAUUUGUCGAUAGUGUAAAUCCGUUGCGCCGGCUGGUACGUGUUAGAUUUGCGAAAUUUUAUAAUCGCGGUACCGCCUACACCCGUUUUAUUAAUAAACUUUGUGCUAGUGCAGUGACUGGAUUUUGUGAAAAUGUCCCAAGCACCAGUGAAAAAAGUCCCCAUACAUUUGCAGAGCUCCCAGAAUCGCCUGCUGAUCAAAAAUGGCCGAGUCGUCAACGAUGACGGCAUUGAAGAUCUGGACGUCUACAUUGAGGAUGGCAUCAUCAAGCAAGUGGGCCGUAACCUCAUCAUUCCUGGAGGCACUAGGACUAUCGAUGCUACCGGCAAGCUGGUGAUGCCUGGUGGUAUCGAUCCCCACACCCACUUCGAGCUGGAGAUGAUGGGAGCCAAGUGCGCUGAUGAUUUCUACAAGGGUACCAGGGCUGCAGUGGCGGGAGGCACUACUUGUGUCAUUGACUUCGUUCUGCCGCAGAAAGGACAGUCUCUGUUGGAGGCUUACAAUAACUGGAGGGAGAAGGCUGAUGGCAAGGUAUGCUGUGACUACGGUCUUCACGUGGGUGUGACGUGGUGGUCUCCAGCGGUGAAGAAGGAGAUGCAACAGCUGGUGUCGGAGCAGUACGGCGUGAACUCCUUCAAGAUGUUCAUGGCAUACAAGGAUGCGUGGAUGCUGGAUGACUAUGAUCUGUACUGCGCUAUGGAGACCUGUGCUGAACUGAAGGCUUUGCCUCAGGUGCACGCAGAGAACGGUCACAUAAUAGCUCGCAACACGGAGAAGUUGUUGGCUAAGGGAGUGACAGGACCUGAGGGCCACCAGCUGUCCAGGGAUGAGGAGGUGGAGGCCGAGGCUGUCAACCGGGCCUGUGUUAUUGCUAACCAGGCGGGAGCCCCGCUGUACAUCGUGCACAUGAUGUCAAAGAGCGCGGUGCGCGCGCUGCAGCUGGCCCGCUCCCGCCAGCGACACGCGCUCAUCGGGGAGACUCUCGCCGCCACCGUCGGAACCGAUGGUUCCCACUACGGCAACGCCUGUUUCCGCCACGCGGCGGCACACGUACUGUCCCCGCCGCUGCGGCCCGACCCCAGCACGCCGCAGGCCAUGUGCGAGGCCUUGGCUGAUGACCACCUGCAGCUAAUAGGCAGCGACAACUGCACGUUCCACGAGAAGGACAAACAGCUGGGCAAGGACAACUUCGCCAAGAUACCCAACGGGGUCAACGGCGUCGAGGACCGCAUGGCCAUCCUCUGGCAGAAGGCUGUCAAUACUGGAAUCAUGGACCCAUGCCGCUUCGUAGCAGUAACUAGCUCGAACGCAGCCAAGAUCUUCAACAUCUGGCCGCAGAAGGGGCGCAUCGCCGUCAACAGCGACGCAGACAUCGUCGUCUGGGACCCCAAGCUCGAGAGGACUAUCUCUGCUGCUAACCAUAAGCAGGCUGUCGAUUUUAAUAUUUCUUGA